ACAUCAUUAAUUUGAUAUUUUAUAUAUGAUAUAUAUAACCAAUUGGAAAAGUAUAUUUUAAUAAUCAUUUUCCUGAGCUCAAAGCUCGAACAGUGUCCUGCAUCAUGAAACAAAUUUUUUGUGGUAAAAUAGGAGACAGGAUUGUUCUAGUUCCAAAGACAACACGAUAUCCUGUACCCAUAUUUAGUACAAGAAAUUUAACAUCAGGUAAAAUGAACAAAGUUUAUAGACCAUUAUUAGCAACACCAGAUAUACGUUAUUUUGGAAAUCCUAAACGUGGAUAUGCAAUGUUUAUUGGAAGAGUUUUAAGAGGGGUAUUAAAGGUUCGAUAUCUUUUAUUGGGUGGUGCAGUUGGUAGUGGAGUAACUUUACAGAAGAAAUAUGAUCAAUGGAAAGAAAUUAUGCCAGAUAUGAGCUGGUUAGAUAAUAUAUUUCCUAAUGAAGAGAGAUGGAAAAAUAUUCGUGAAUCACUUAUAUCAGUUAAAGAAACAUUAUCAGAUAAGAUGGAGCUUGAUCCACGUAUAAAGCAGUAUGGGGAUGCUAAAUAUAGGGAAUACAAAGAAUGGUUUAAUCAGAGACUGGAUGAUGCUAUCAGGGCAGCUGAAGUUAAUGAAAAUCAACCAGGUGUGGAUAUUUUCAGUAAUCGUAUAUUUGAUGCAAUCUCAACAAUAGUAUACCAACUUUAUUCAGAUGCAAAGGAGCAGGUGUCGAAUAAUUCUAUAGCGUUUGCCCGGCCAUUGAUUGAUGAAAAUAUUGAAGAGGAACGUAAGAAAACUCGUGAGUCGGAAGAGAGAUUAAAUUCUAUGCAGGAGGAAGUGAUGCAAAUUCAAUUAAAAUACCAACGUGAACUUGAAAGAUUGGAAAGAGAAAAUAGAGAGCUACGGAAGCAGAUGCUCUUACGUGGCAAGCAAAACAUGAGUAACAAGAAAAUAAAAAAAUCCUUAAUCGAUAUGUACAGUGAUGUCUUAGAUGAACUUAGCGAUUAUGAUAGUGCUUACUCUACCGCGGAUCAUUUACCAAGAGUAGUAGUAGUUGGUGAUCAAAGCUCCGGUAAAACGUCUGUAUUAGAAAUGAUUGCUCAGGCAAGAAUAUUUCCUAGAGGUGGUGGUGAAAUGAUGACAAGGGCUCCAGUGAAAGUCACUUUAAGCGAAGGUCCUUAUCAUAUAGCUCAAUUCAAAGACAGUUCUAGAGAAUUCGAUUUGACAAAAGAAUCAGAAUUAGCCGAAUUAAGACGUGAAGUGGAGUUACGUAUGAAAAACAGUGUUAAGAAUGGUAAAACUGUUAGUCAGGAUGUGAUUUCGAUGACGGUAAAAGGACCAGGCCUUCAGCGUAUGGUUCUUGUUGAUCUGCCAGGUAUAAUUAGUACAGUUACAAUUGACAUGGCAGAAGAUACUAAAGACGCCAUUCGACAAAUGACUCAACAAUAUAUGAGUAAUCCUAAUGCAAUUAUUCUCUGCAUCCAAGAUGGAUCUGUGGAUGCUGAGAGAAGCAAUGUGACAGAUCUUGUGUCUCAAAUGGAUCCCUCUGGCAAACGAACCAUUUUUGUUUUAACUAAGGUAGAUCUGGCAGAAGAAAAUUUGGCUAAUCCUGAGCGGCUAAGGAAAAUAUUAUCUGGCAAGUUAUUUCCUAUGAAGGCACUAGGUUAUUUUGCUGUCGUUACCGGUCGUGGUAGACAAGACGAUAAUAUACAAACGAUCAAAGAUUAUGAAGAAAAAUUCUUUAGAAAUUCGAAGUUCUUUAAGAAUGGUGUAAUAAUGUCUGGUCAGGUUACCACAAGAAACCUGAGUCUUGCAGUUGCUGAAUGCUUCUGGAAGAUGGUUCGUGAAACUGUGGAGCAACAGGCAGAUGCUUUUAAAGCUACUAGAUUUAAUCUUGAAACAGAAUGGAAAAAUAACUUUCCAAGAUUGAGAGAACUGGACAUAGACGAGCUGUUCGAAAAAGCAAGGGGAGAAAUCCUUGACGAAAUCGUAAAUUUGUCCCAAGUUUCACCCAGACAUUGGGAGGAGCUCUUAAUGGCUAAAAUCUGGGACAAUGUUAGCAUGCAUGUGUUUGAAAAUAUCUAUUUACCCGCAGCUCAAACUGGAAAUUUAGGUACAUUUAACACUACUGUUGACAUAAAACUUCGCCAAUGGACUGAACAACAAUUGCCAGCUCGAAGUGUCGAGAGUGGUUGGGAGUGUUUACAACAAGAAUUCCAACAUUUCAUGAACAAAGCAAAACGCAGCCCACAACAUGAUGACAUGUUUGAUAAUUUGAAAAAUGUAGUAAUCAAUGAAGCUAGCAGGAGACAUUCUUGGGAAGAAAAAGCUUCUGAGAUGUUGAGAAUUAUCCAGUUAAAUACUCUAGAAGAUAGAAGCGUGAGUGAUAAACAAAAUUGGGAUCAGGCAGUACGUUUCCUGGAAACUUCUGUCAAAGAAAAAUUGCAAGCCGCAGAACAAAUUUUAAAGGAUAUGCUAGGUCCAGGGCGCACAGAACGAUGGCUCUACUGGCAGAAUCAGACAGAAGACCAACAGAAACGCACAGCAGUAAAGAAUGAAUUAGAUAAAAUCCUUUAUUCAGACAAAAAACAUGCAUCUACUCUCACUGACGAUGAGAUCACGACAGUCAGGAAUAAUCUGCAAAGAAACAAUUUAGAAGUUGGUAAUGAAUUUAUUCAAGAAACGUGGCAGCCAGUAUAUAGAAGAUUUUUCUUGCAACAGAGCUUGGCUAAGGCAUACGACUGCAAGAAAGGAUAUUACUUGUAUCAUACUGGGCACGAAAAUGAAAUGGAGUGUAGCGACGUUGUCCUGUUUUGGAGGAUCCAGCAAAUGCUGAAAGUCACUGCCAAUGCCCUUCGACAACAAAUCAUGAACCGUGAGGCUCGCAGGUUAGACAACGAAAUAAAAGAAUUGCUGGAAGAUUACAGUCAAGACAAUGAAAUUAAACGGAAACUGUUUGUUGGUAGACGAGUCACACUAGCAGAGGAACUAAAACGUGUCAGGCAAAUUCAAGAGAAGCUUGAAGAGUUUAUCCAAGCAUUGAAGAAAGAAAAGUGAAGAAGCUGGACUUAAAAGUGUAGAUAUCUGAAACCAGUGGUGCAUGGUAUGUAACAAACAAUAAUGGUCCUGGUGGCUGAUGCG